CUAAUUACGCGUAUUGUCUUUCUCUCUUUAUAAAUAUAGAGAUCGACAAGCAUUCCAUGAAAAAUUUCGAAUUUUAUUCCCCGACAGGUGCCACAAGUAAUGAAACCUAACGAAAAUAAAUAAUAACUUUCUUACGUGUCCAGAUCGCUCCAAGAUUGAGAAAUUUAAAUUUAUUCCCUUUGUCGCGAUACAGGUGGCGCCAGUGUCGAGGUUGUAUACCAUAUGAUCAUGUAUCACGUGAUAUAAACGGGUGCAUGCUGCGGCAAAUUGAUAAUAUAGCACCAUAAUGCUUAAAGAACGAAUUAAAAUUUGUUGCGUCUGCAAGAAGAAGGACGUUCCUUACAAAUGUCCUACGUGCAGGAAACCUUACUGCUCUGUGGCAUGCUGCAAAGAGCACAAGGCUCAAGUUUGCGAGCCUCCGAAGGUAUCUGCAAAUCUUGAAGAACCUCAGGAAUCCAACAAUAUUAAGCAGAGAUAUUUGUUUCCAACGGAAGACACUGUACCUGUGGAAAAGCUGGAGAAAUUACGUGACAGCAAUGAGCUGAAGCAAUGCCUCGCAAAUCCUCAUGUGCGCGAAAUGCUAAAGGAAGUUGUCCACAGUCGUGAUCCUACCAAAGCAAUUGCGAACGCCAUGAGAGAACCUAUAUUUGUCGAGAUGGCUGAUGCUUGUCUGAAGAUUGCGGAGUUGCCAGAAGAGGAUAGACCAUGCUGAGUGAUGUGUGUGUAUAUUUUCAUAUUUCCUAUGCAAAACUGUAAUAUAUUGUAAAACAAUAUCUGUAGAGUUUUCCAUUGUCUGUGUGCGACAAAGGCUAAUUAUCAGAAAACCGUAUCUUUAUAGAUAUAUUUUUUUUACAUAAACAGAUAUAAACGGAUCUUAAACAUGAA